AUGGGAGUAGGACCAGUUGAUUCCUUCCUGGCUUACGCCGAUCCGGCUCUGAACACCGAGGUGUCAACCCCCGCAUGGCCUCACUGCAUCUGCAAAGAUAACCAUGGGAUCAAGAAGGCGACUAUUCCAGUUGGGUUCGAGGGCAGCCCUAAGGGGGACCCAACAAACAUGAAUAAAGCUAAAUUAAACAAACAAGCAUCGGAAGUGAACCCCUUCGUAAGGAGAGGUUUGGAGAGAUCUCCACCCAACGCAUCGGGUGCGAGAGAAAUGGAGAUGAAGGACACGAGUAGCGAAGUAGUCGUCGUGGAGAGCGAUAACGAUACGCCAAUAGUCGAUAAGCAGCAGCACAAUGCAGUGGAGAUAGGGUCGAGUGGCAUCCUGCCGAGCUUGACCGUCGUCAUAGUGCAACUCGAUGACAUUAUCGACUUCACCAAUGAACGGGGCAAUAUGUCGAGGGAGCUGAAGCUGAAAUUGCUUAAGCUUCGCAAUUUGGUUCUUGCUGCCAAGCAAGAACAGGAAGUGCUUGCGGCCAGGCUGGAAGGCUGUGGUAAAGCGGAGAAGAGUACACAGACUGCUCCCUUCUCCUUCCAUAGUACCACAACCAUGGCACAGGAGGCGUUAGAUUUUGCCCUCAGCGACAGAGCGGCGUCGGAGAGCGCAAAUCAGAAGAGCGGGCCCACGGAAGUUGCAAACAUGGGAGAACGGCGUAAGAAGAAAGCGAGGACGAAACGAGCCAGUCGGCCACCGGAGGAGGGAAGCCAACCCGACCAAGACAACCUGCGGUCGGACGGUCCCUGGCAAACGGUAGUAAAUAAACCGAAGGUGAAAGCGGCAAUCACGCGCCCGGCGAGAGCCAGACAGAAGGGUGAAGCACUUCUCAUUAAAACAAAGAAAGAGCGGUAUGCCGAUGGGCUCAAGGUGAUCCGCAGCGCUGAGGAACUGGCGGACCUUGGCGGGCGGUACCUCAUAUGGAGCGCCAAUCGAGGAAGUCCUAAGCGAGAGCGUAGAAGUGAGGGCGCUACACGACGAAGUGACUCUCAAUGCAAGCAGCUGGACGAGGUCACGACAUCGGAAGAGAUCGCCUCGGCCAUCAAGGACCAAGGUGGAGUGGUGGUAGCAAAUGCGUCCAUCCGUCUGCGAAGAGGACCGCAGGGGACGCAGAUUGCCACGGUGAAGUUACCGGCCAUCGACGCUAACAAGGUGAUCAAAGUUGGUAAGCUGAAAGUUGGCUGGUCAGUAUGUCCAGUCAGGUUCUGCCUUCCACCGGUGGUCGACAAGUGCUUCCACUGCCUCGAAGCGGGACACAAAUCUUUGGUGUACAAAGGCCCGGAUAGGAGUAACCUAUGUAGGCGAUGCGGCGAAGAGGGCUAUAAGGCGCACACGUGCGAGAAAGCACCAUCGUGUACGCUAUGCCAGUUGCUGUGGCAGUCGGUAGUAGAAGCGAGAACGGACGUCGCUAUCUUGUCGGACCCGUACCGCAUCCCCGCGGAUAAUGGGAACUGGGUAGCGGAUAGAUCCAAAUCAGCGGCGAUUUGUACGACGGGAAGAUACCCGAUCCAGGAAGUGCUGAACACAAGAGCGGAGGGUACUGUUAUAGCGAAAAUAAAUGGAGUGUACUACUGCAGCUGCUACGCCCCACCAAGGUGGCCGAUAGAACAAUUCACCGAGAUGGUCGAUCGGCUAACAUCAGACCUAGUGGGUAGCAAGCCAGUAGUAAUUGCAGGAGACUUCAAUGCGUGGGCGAUAGAGUGGGGAAGUCGCUUUACUAACCGGAGAGGGCAAACGCUGCUAGAGGCUUUCGCCAAGCUGGAUGUCGUGCUGUGCAACGAAGGCUCCAAAAGUACCUUCCAGCGAAACAGGUGGAAUCGAUAA